GCUCUUGCGCAGGCCAGAUACUGAACAGAAGCCCUUUCUAAUUCUGACCCCAGUCCAACCUCCUCUCUCGCCACUCUGCUCGUAUCUCCGCAGCCUAACCCCGUCGCCGCCACCAUCAUCAGUGGCAGUUCCUCAUCAUGGGUCUCACACCCACACCUGUACACACUCAAUCAUGUAGCCUCUCCCAUGGGAGUUAGUUAAUUUACGGAGAUGGGGAAGCGAGAGAAGAAGCAGAGGCACCAAAGACACCCUCGCAGAGAAGCCUCUCAAUAUCUCGAAGGAGGAGAGAAUAGUUUCAGCUACGAAAACUUCCCCUCACCUUCGAAGCCUCCUCUUUCUGAUGAAGAGGACGGGGAAGAGGAGGUUGAAGAGGAAGAACAAGAGCAAGAACAUGAGGGCCGAAGCCCAUCACUAGAUAUUCCAUCAAAAUUCCUCCUCUACCAACAAUCUGUCCAGUCGCCCAAAGGAGAUAUAAGCUAUUUGCAGAAAUUUUUUCUCAUGUAUGUGGGUGGAAGGCAGCCCCUCCAUCUGCAAGAAGAUUUUUGUGGGACUGCUCUUCUCAGCACAGAGUGGCUCCGAAAUGACCCAAGGCGCACUGCUGUGGGAUUGGAUUUAGAUGUCGAGGCAUUAAAUUGGUGUAUGGAGAACAACGUGAAUGCCAUUGGAGCUGACAGUUCAAGAAUUUCCCUUUUUCAUGGAAAUGUUCUUCAACCUUGUGAGGCCAAGCUUGUCAGUUUUGAUUCUGGAGAUUGCAUAAGAACUAUUAGACUAGAUCCAAGUGAAGAGGAUCCAAGAAUGGACGAUCAACAAUCCAUUUUGCAGGGUGAUUGUAUGAGCUCUCCCCGUACGAUGCCUUUGAAUAUAAGUUCUAAGCAACUCCCUGGGAGGGACAUAGUAUGCGCCUUCAACUACAGCUGUUGCUGCCUCCAUAAACGUAAAGAGCUGGUUUUGUAUUUCAGGCACGUUUUAGGUUUCUUGUCCAGAAGAGGAGGUAUAUUUGUUAUGGAUUUGUAUGGUGGCACAUCAUCAGAGCAAAAGUUAAGGCUUCAAAGGAGGUUUGCCAAUUUCAAGUAUGUGUGGGAGCAAGCUGAAUUUGACAUUAUUGAGCGGAAAACAAGGAUUAGCCUCCACUUUCAUCUUCAAAAGCCACAGAAGAAGCUGCCUUAUGCCUUUUCAUACAGCUGGAGACUGUGGUCGUUACCUGAAAUCAAAGACUGUUUGGAAGAGGCUGGCUUUCAGUCUGUCCAUUUUUGGAUUAGGCAGAUGCCUGACUCUGAAAAUAUUAAGAGUGUAGAGGGAUUUGGCAUCGGAAAGGACUUGAAGUAUGAAGAGGUUAUGAGCUUUGAACAACAAGAUUCGUGGAAUGCAUAUAUUGUAGGUGUUGCAAAGUGAUUGUGAUGAUGGAAGUAUGCACCAAAUGUUUGCUUCAAUCCCCGUGCAAAUGAAUAAUCAAACCUUCACCUCAGGCAGGUUCUGCCGCUUAGAACUUCUGGUCCUAAAUGGCAACUUGCAGCUGAAGAAGCUGUGGUGACGAAGGACUAACCCGUAUUUCUUGUCUCUCCGCAUUCAUCAGCCCUCCUCAUCUUCUCCAGUUUCAAUGGCCUAUUUCGGAGGCAUCGCAAUUCUGCUGCUAAUGAACUACUCGAGCUGCAUGUUUAUGCUUAUAUAUGCAGUUUUACCAGUUAUACUCUACUAGGACUCAUGUACUGACACAAAAAAUAACCUCUUGUUCAAUUUACUAGUUUUAUAUAAGCUACAGAUCAGAGCGAAACGGGCUUUGUGAUUUGUUUGCGUACAGAUUAUAAACUGUUUUAUUCGUCCUCUUUAGCGAGAACCUGUUAUUGUUCAUCGAGAACA